AUGUACUCGAUCUCGGCUUCCUACCUCGGCGACAAGUGUGGAGGCACCCCCCACGCUGUGAAUAUCGUGCGCGACGACAGUUGCGCCCCCCAGACGUGCCAACCUAGCCGCCUAUCAAGCGGCGACGUCGAGACCAACGACUACAGCUCGGACUACGUGGAAGUCACGCGCGACAAGUUUUCCCAUUCGCCGUUCGUAUUGGCCGUAGUGUUCGUGCACGAAGGCUGCACCAACAUCGUCAUGGGGUUCGGCUGCCCAGCGUCGGGCACAUGCACGGGCGGAUACAAUGAGACAGACUACGCCAUUGCUAGGCUCAACAAGGACGGCUCGGCUUCGAUUGAGUUUUAUUCGGAUCGGUCGUGUUCGUCCGCGUCGUUGAACUCGAUCAAAAGUGGGGACAAGGCAGCGCUCACAACCCACGAAUGCGACGUCAAUUUGUUCAAAUGGUACAGCAGCAACAAUGUUGAGGACGUCAGUGGGAGCAACUCGACCGCAGACAGCGCUCUGAGCACCGGAACCAUCGUUGCGAUCGUCUGCGGCUGCGUUGCCGCCAUUUUCUUCAUUGUCGUCUUGAGUGUGUGCUACCGUCGACGGAACCAGUGGAAUCCCAAGCAACAGUGGACAUCAACGGAAGGCCUCGACGAUGCAGACUCCCUCGAAGCCGCUACUCGUUACAACCGGGGGCUCUGGAAUGACGAGAUCAUCAUUGCCAAGAAACUCCCCCGCGACAAGGUGAAAAUCCAGAAGCUCAUCAGUCGAGGCGCCUUUGGCGAGGUCUACGCGGGGCAACUGCAUCGCAACCAAGUGGCCGUGAAAAUGCUCCUGCCUGCUACACGCAACAGCCUCAAGCACGUGGACGACUUUCUCGCUGAAGCCAAGAUGACGGCCGUCAUGGACCACCCACACGUUGUGUCGUUUAUUGGCGUCGCCUGGGACUCGCUCUCUGACGUCUGCGUCGUGCUGGAAUUCAUGGACGGUGGCGAUUUACGCACUCUGCUCAACAAGUACGAGACGUCCAAGCACCCCGUGGGCUUCGACAAGCAGAAGGCCACCAUCGCCCUGCACGUGUGCCAUGCGCUCACGUAUCUGCACUCGCUGGCGCCCCCCGUCAUCCACCGAGACCUCAAGUCGCGCAACAUCCUGCUCAACAAGGCCAUGCACGCCAAGCUGACGGACUUCGGCAUCUCGAGAGAGCGGCUGGACCAGACGAUGACGGCGGGCAUGGGGACGUCGCUCUGGAUGGCGCCUGAGGUGAUGCUGGGCGAGCGAUACGACGUGAAGGCCGACAUGUUCUCGUUCGGAGUGGUGCUGUCCGAGUUGGACGUGCACACGCUGCCGUACGCGCAGGAGAAGAAGAGGAGUCUGGACAGCGGAGGACGUGCGCUUGCGGACGCCACGCUGCUCCAGAGAGUGGCUGAAGGGACCGUUCGUGUCGAGUUUUCUGAAGGCAACGCGUCUUUCAUCACGGAGCUCGGCUGCGCUUGUGUAUCUGUAGACCCAAGUCAGCGCCCAAGUGCUGCUGAAGCCCUGUACAAAUUGCAAUUAGUGUUGGCCCAAGGGCUACAGCAGCUAACACUUUAG